UGUGUCAGCUGACUCUCUUCCAUCUCCUGAUAAAGAUGAACUUUCUACCAGACUGCACCAGAAGACGUUCAUAGCUGUAAAGAUGCGUGGGAUCUUUUGUGCACUCGCAGCAGUGCUGCUGGCUGCAGCCUGGGCAGACCACCAACACCAGCAUGGCCCUGAUCACAGCCACGAGGGAGAGCUGAGCUACCAGCUGUCGUCUCCCAAUGCUGACUUUGCCUUUGCCCUCUACAAAAGUCUGAAUGCCAACACUGCUGCUGGAAAGAACAUCUUCUACUCGCCACUGGGCAUCUCCACCGCCCUAUCCAUGCUGUCUACAGGGGCCGGUGGUGAAACCCACAGCCAGCUGUUCUCCAGCUUGGGCUACAGCACCUUAAACCAUACUCAGGUCAAUGAAGCGUACGAACAUCUUUUCCACAUGUCUGGACACAGCCAGGAGGAUCAGCGGCUGGAUGUUGGUAACGCCGUGGCCCAGCGCUCUGGCUUCACUCCUCUGGAGAAGUUCCUGAACGACUGUGAUUGCGUUGUGUAGUUUACCAACAGGCAAAGACACAAACUCACCACAUGUAAAUGAUGUGAACAUGAAGCAUGAUGAUUGUACAUCAUAUUUCAGCAUUUAAAAACAAACAGUAAUUUGACAAUUAAUCACUCAAAGCAGUAUUUUCCUGCAUCAGCAAAUAAGCACUUGUAGCUAACAUUAGCCAGCUAAAACAACAAUAUCACAAUAUAUUUCAUGUCAGUGUUGCCUCUAAUGUGAUGAUUUUCUUUUUGGCGCUAAAAUUUUGACAUGGGACACUGAAUUUGAUGGAUUUACUGUUUUACAGUUCAUCAGGCCCCAAAAUGAGUAAAGACAAGUGACUGAUAGCAGCUCAGACUUUAGCCCUUGUUGCAACUUGAAUUGAACCAGUGCCAACCCAAACCCUGAGACUGCAGUGGUCUAACCCUUGUAACAACAGCAACAGAAUCAUUGUUGAUCUGGCGGGGACUCUGGGCAGUC